UAUAAAACAUGGAAAAUAAUCCAAUUGUCAGUAUGCUACAGAAACAAAUCCACUGCUAUAGUUUCACCACCACUGCCACCUUGGGCAGUAGAUAGAAACCCUAAAUGCCAAAAAAAAAAAGAAAAGCACAGUAUCAACCACGAGUAAUAAUUACAGCGUGAAGCCCUGAGUGGAAAUUAACAAUUACUCUGCUGCUCGUAGUCCCAAGUAAAGUGAGACAAAAAACAAACCACAUUGGCCAUUGCAAAAAUCAAAUCAUGGGCAUGUCCAAAUGGUUUUUGUUUCUCUAUGUUUUACUAUUAACCCAGUUCAAUGGGGCUGCUUCCGUUGCCAGGAACAUCUUCAUCCUAGCAGGUCAGAGCAACAUGGCUGGGCGCGGGGGCGUCAGCCGCGGCAAGUGGGACGGGAACGUCCCAACCGAGUGCAGUCCCAACCCAUCAAUCCUCCGGCUUAGUGCACUGCUCAUAUGGGAGCAAGCACACGAGCCGCUCCACGCCGACAUCGACCUGGGAAAGACGUGUGGGAUUGGGCCGGGCAUGGCAUUUGCCAAUGAGGUCCUCCGAGCCAAGGGGUCGGGAUUUGGGGAAGUGGGUCUGGUUCCUUGCGCCGUAGGCGGGACUAGAAUUGGCGAGUGGAGUAAAGGGACUCGGUUGUAUGGUGAGUUGGUGAGACGAGCCUGCGAGUCGGCCAGGGGAGGAGGAGUUAUCCGGGCGCUUUUGUGGUUUCAGGGAGAAAGUGAUACCGUGAGAAAGGAGGAAGCUGAGGGGUAUAAAGGGAAAUUCGAGAAGCUUGUUUUGGACCUGCGUUCUGAUCUUCGUCUCCCUAACCUUCCUGUCAUCCAGGUGGCACUGGCAUCUGGAGAAGGCAAAUUUGUAGAUGUAGUAAGGAAAGGUCAGCUGGAUGUCAAGUUACCAAAUGUGAAAUGUGUCGAUGCCAAAGGAUUGCGUCUCAAAGAAGAUGGCCUCCACCUUACUACGUUAUCUGAAGUCCACUUGGGCAUCAAGCUUGCUCGUUCCUUCCUUGAUUCUUAUGGCCACCAUCUUUGAUCAAAACCAACCCUAAGUAUCCAAUCAAAUUGUGAGAUUCUGAGAGCUGAGAUGUACCCCAUACCUUGGAAACUCGUUCGAAUUAUAGAAUCCUUUGUUUUGGUC